CGCGAAAUUGCCAAGCAACAAACUUUCAUACCAGUCGAAAAUUUUGCCAACAAAUUUUUUCCUCUUGUGGUAUUAUGAUAAGAUAAUCACAGAACAACUGAAAAACAUUUUACAAUUCAAAUACCAUCAUUUAUCCUAACAUACUUCAAAUUUGAAUUGAAUUGCAUAGAAAUUAUAGAAUCUUCAUUCUUUUUCAGGAUUUGGCAAAUUCCAUUUUUCUCUCCUGGCAGUAUGCGGUCUUAUAUAUUCGAACACAGCCGUAGGAAUAACGAUAAUUUCUUUCGUUCUACCCUCGGCCACGUGCGACUUUCGAAUGUCUUCGUCGGACAAGGGAUGGUUAACAGCAGCUCCUAUGCUUGGGAUGGUAAUUGGCUCGUAUUUCUGGGGAUGCCUGGCUGAUACAAAGGGCAGAAAAACUGUACUCAUUGCUGCCCUAAUUAUGGAUGGUAUCUGCGGUCUACUUUCUAGUAUAUCGCAAGUUUACUGGCUUUUUAUGUUUCUACGAUUUCUUAAUGGCUUUGCUAUAACUGGGGCUAUGGGAAUUUGCUUUCCAUACCUAGGCGAAUUCCAACCAGGCAAAUACCGUGAAACUAUUUUGUGUUGGAUGGAACUUUUUUGGACUUUGGGCGUUAUUGUGCUGCCGGGUAUCGCCUGGAUAAUUAUUCCCAUGGAAUUUGAAUACGUCUACGAAGACUUCAAAUUUGCCAGCUGGAAUCUAUUCGUAGCCGCAUGCUCUGUACCUAGUAUUUUCAUAGGAUUAUGGUUAAUAUUUUUCCCAGAAAGUCCGAAAUUUCUUUUGGAAUGUGGGGAAGCCGAUGCCGCUCUCGACGUUUUAAGAGACAUGUAUUCUAGUAAUUACAAUGACGAUGGAGCUAAUUUUCCUGUCAGAAGCCUAAGAGAAAAAGUACGUACUAUGAGCGUAAUUUCUCAGCAAUCCACCAGAAGCAUCAGAAGUUUACGAAUCAGAAAGCCGAAAGAAUUGAAAUUAUUGCUCCAAGAAAUUUGGGAACAAACCAAAGCACUUUGUAAGCCACCGCAUUUGAGGUAUACUGUGAUUACUUGUGCAAUUCAAUUUGGAUUAACUACAAGUUAUUAUACUCUUAUGAUCUGGUUCCCUGAACUGUUCUACCGUUUUGAAGAAUUCGAAAGUGUCCAUCCUAACGAAAAAGCCACAGUCUGCGAAGUAUCCUCCGUUGUGCUACCUACCAACUAUACAGGAGGCAGCAGCGAGUUUUGCGGCGAACCAAUAGCAGAUUCAGUAUUUUUACACACGCUUAUUAUCGGAUUAGCCUGUAUUCCCACAAGUUUUUGGUUGCCAUUGUGUGUCCAUAGGCUUGGAGCUAAGUUUUUCUUGGUUUUCAGUUUACUGGUAGCCGGUUCAGUUACCAUAGGCCUAUACUUUGUCAAUUCUACAAAUUCGAAUUUGGCGCUUUCCUGUAUCUUUGAAGCUUUGACCAGUUUGGGUAUUAGUACUGUGUACUGUGUAAUGGUCGAUUUAUUUCCAACCAAUCUCAGAGUUAUGGCUGCUGCUCUAUCUCUCACUUUUGGAAGAGGCGGAGCUCUAAUUGGAAAUCUCCUAUUUGGUUUGCUCAUUGAUUUAAAUUGUGUUAUACCCAUAGUACUUUUUGCAGCAAUGCUUUUUGGAAGUGGACUUCUUUGUUUAUUACUACCGAAUACAGGAGGAGGGGCUCUAGACUAAAUCAUUCACUCUCCCACUGUGCUUGUUAAUUAAAUGGUUCGUACAAUUUUCAAACAAGAAAACGCAAAGUUUAAAUGUGCCAAAAAGUUGCAUGAAGGCCUUAAUAAUGACCAAUUUUGCCGAUUAAAGAUUUUCCGUAGCUCAAUAAGCUGUAAUGACAGAUAUUUCAAUUCUUGAUUAUUUAAAUUAGAGAGUUCCUAUACUUGCUUUGCAUUUCUGUAUCUACUUAGCAGCAGCAGCUUGUGUAAAUGUAUCAAACAUAAUUAAGCACAAACGAUAUAUUUUUGUAAAAUUUUCUUUAGGGAUAACUUUCAGCUGUAUUAUACUUAUUUUGCAACUCACGGUAUUUUUAUGUGAUAUUAAAUAAUUAUUGUAAAUUUUGUAAAAAUAUGCAAUAACUAAGGCUAGGUGGGUUACUUUUAAUAUCACUGGGUUUCAACAAAGCAAUUGCUGACUACUUAAAUUAUUAGCCCACCUGAUAAAAAUUUGAUUUUUAGAGCUAAUAGAUUAUAGAAAUUAGAUUACAAAUAUUGUACAAAACUUAUUUCAUUUAUAUAAUUCAUGUUUUUAUCCCAUUUUGACGUUUAAAAAUGAAAUAUUUCUGACUGUCGGUAUUUAACAUCACUCUGCCAAUAUAAAAAUCUUCUACAAUAUACUUUAUGACCUGAUUCCUUUUUUAAAUUUCCAUCAAAACGGGAUAAAAUUUUGUAUACAUCGUAUGAUUUAAAAAGUGUUUAUUUAUUCGCAGAAAUGUGCCCACUCUUUCCCCAACUUUUUGCUCAUGAAUAAACAUUCAUUUAACUCACUUGGUGUAUAAAUACCUAUGAUUAUUUUUAAGUUUUUUUCUAUAUUACAUAUUUUAAUUUUAUCUUAUAAAUAAUUAUUGACACACAUUGUGUAUUAUCUUAUUUGUUAAUAAAACAUAUUAUAUUUACGAUGAAUUUUAUUCAAGACAAUCAGGCAAAUUCAACAAAAUAAUUUUAUUACAAAGAAAAUAAUAAAAAUAUAUAACCAAUCAGUAAAAAAAAAUGAAUUAAAUCCUCAAAGAAUAAUAAUUUAAUACCUACUUGUAAGCUUAAAAAUUACAAUUCCACCUUUUCAACAGUUCCCAAUUUUGGAUGAUGCUUUCCCUGAUAAACUUUAGAUUCAAUUGUAACACUUUCACAUUCCUGUUGUUCUACAAGAUAGUCUUUAGCUGUCCACGCUUGUGAGCCAUCUUUGAAUAAAAAUAUAGCCCUGUUAUCAUCAACUAAAUAUCUAUAAAGGCAGAUUUAAUUGUAAAUAACGCUUUGAAAAAAUUAAUACCUACCUCUCCGCUUGUAUAUGAUUAUUCCACAAACUAGUUUGCCAUAAUUUUGUUAACUCUUCAGUUACAUCUCUGCCAGGACUAUUUGCUACUUGUACGAAAGUCAUUAGGGUUCUUCCUUUUUUAGUCAUUUGUAGCAGAUCUUCAGGAUUAUUACCGUCACCAAGUUUAGUGAGGUCAAGAUUGGGCAUGGGUCUUAAAUGUUCUGGAAGUUCAUCAGGCUCCAGAGGUUCUUCGUCUU